AUGGCGCCACCACGCUCGGUGCCGGAGCUCAUCGAAGACACCAUCGCGGAGGUCCUCCUCCGAAUCCCCCCGGACGAGCCCGCGCACCUCGUGCGCGCCUCCCUAGUCUGCAAGCUCUGGCGCCGCAUCCUCCUCGACCCCGCCUUCCUCCGCCGCUACCGCGAGUUCCACCGGAUACCACCGCUGCUCGGCUUCCUCCGCAACUCAAUCACCGCCAGCCUCUUCCAAUCAUUCCGCUACGUCCCCACAACAUCAGCAUCCACCAUCCCCCAGCCGGCGUUUGAUUGCGUCAGAUGGCGAGCGCUCAGUUGCCGCCAUGGGCGAGUCCUCCAUGACAUGGGCUUCUACGGCGUCGACCUCGUUGUCUGGGAUCCUAUCACAGGCGAUCUGCAGAGGCUGCCUAAGUCCAGCAUCACCAUCUCCUUUUACAGCUCCGCCGCGGUUCUCUGCGCCGCGGGUAGCUGCAACCACCUCGGUUGCCAUGGUGGCCCCUUCCUCGUGGUCUUCGUGAGCUCCCAUGAUGGCCGUCCCGCCGGCGUCCGUUGCGAGGUCGACCGCAACAGGAAUGGUGCUCUUAUCGGAGAUAACAUCUAUUUCUCCCUUGAGCUUGGUGAAAAAUUUCUGAAAUUUGAUUUGGGCAAUAAUUCCUUGUCUAUGAUGGAUCCGCCGGACUUGUACAAUUGUGGUGUUCUCCUCAUGCAAACAGAGGAGGGUUCACUUGGGCUUGCUGGCAUUAGGGGUUCAAGGCUUUGCCUAUGGUCAAGAGAGGUGGAUCCAAAGGGAGAUGCCGGCUGGGUACCACGAAGGUUCAUCAAGAUUCAGAAACUGUUCCCCAAUAACACCCCCCGUUACAGACGUAGUGUGAUUGGUUUUGCUGAUGGUGUUGGUGUCAUAUUUGUGUAG